GGAUGGUAUAAAAUGCCUAGUUGGGAAGAAAACUGCAUGUAGUGAAUAAUCUGGAAAUUGAUAACAUGGUUUCAUCAAAAACGUUUUUUCUGGGACUUGUCAUCUGUCUUGCUCUGGUUCAAUGGAACAAUGCCAAAGCAAGGAAUGGAGCUUUCCGCAAACAGAUACAAGCAUUGACUCUUCAGAAAAUCGCAAAGGACCAGGGAAUAGAGCCCCCAUCCCAGAAUGAUACCAAUCCAAGGGCAACGCUCAGACAACGGCUACAGCAAAAGAUUGUGGAUGAUAUUGCCAAGCAACUUGGACUGUCGAACACGACUUCCACUGCCGGAAAUUCGACCUCUAGCAGUUCAAAUUCAACUGCCGAAAGUCCGAACUCAUCUUCCGGUGGGUCCAAUUCGACUUCCAGUAACUCGAACUCAACAUCCAACAGUUCUGAUUCAAAUUCCGGAAAUUCAGACUCAUCUUCCAAUAAUUCAAACUCAUCUUCCGAUAAUUCAAACUCAACUUCCAGUAAUUCAAAUUCUACUGGGAAUUCUAAAUGAAGGUAAACAUUAAAGUUCUCGUUUGGAAUCAACUACACUUUCAACAUGAAAAUAUGACACUUGUUUUUCUCCAAUGAUCUUUUAAUUGGAAAAAGUUCUAGAAUAUGCAAAAAAGAGACCCAGUGAAGCAUAAAUGACAUUGUCAACAAAGUUUUUAUUUUGAAUUGAAUAAUAAAAUUAAGUUGUUUGUUUUUUUAUAAAAAAAAUUGUAGUGGUUUAUUAUAAUAAAUAUGAAUAAUAAUUAUUGAAAAAAAUAGGUGAAAAGGAAACCUGAACAAUUACACUGAUAGGCAAAAUAAAGUGCCCACCUUACCAGUUUUCGAA